AUGAGUGGUAAUAAAAGAACCAGUGUGAUUGAAGAUGAUGACUGUGAGGAGGUUCCUCAUACAGUUGAUGCACAACCCAAGGUAGUUGAAUCUGACCCGGGUGACAAGCUUCCUAUUGUUGAUGAGUUGAUAGAAAAAUUCGAUGAAGUUGAAAAGCAACAAUUUGGCCAAUUGAAAAAGUUCUAUGAUAUGUUGAAUCAAAUUACCAUCACGGUGCCUUUUGUGGAAGCUCUUGAGAAGAUGUCGGGUUAUGCUAAUUUCAUGAAGGACUUGGUAACUAAAAAUAAGAACAUGAAUUUUGAAAUUGUCAAGAUCACUCUCCAAUGUAGUGCAAUUAUCUUACAAACUGGAGAAGUUAAGAAAAUGGAGAAUCCAAGGGAAUUCACUACUCCUUGCACUAUUAGGUUGGCAAGUUUUACAAAAGCUUUGUGUGAUUUAAGGGAAAGUAUCAAUUUAUUGCCCUAUGUCGUGUUCAAAAGUUUAGGUUUGGGGGAUCCUAGACCAACAACCAUGAAGUUGUUAAUGGUGGAUCGCACACUGAAGAAACCAUUGAGAAUCAUUGAAGAUAUUAUUGUCAAGGUGGAUCGUUUUUACUUUCCAGCCGACUUUGUUAUUUUGGAUUGUGAGGUAGAUAUUGAAAUCCCAAUCAUUCUUGGGAGACCUUUCUUGGCAACCAAGAGAGCUAUAUGUGAUGUUGAAACGCGGGAGCUCAAGUUUAGAUUAAAUGAUGAAAAAGUAAUCUUCCAUAUCCAAAAUUCAAUGAAACACCCACAUGAUUAUGGCGUAUUAUCCAUAAUAAUUGAUGUGAUUGAUGAAUUGGUGGUUGAUGACACAGAAGAUAUUUGCUUGGGUGGAUCCCUCCAAGCGGUUCUCCGCAAUUCUAAAAAUUAA